GCGCAUGCGCAGUCAACAUUACGACCAUUACAUCAAAAAAUGGCGGCGGCCGUUGAGAAUGUUGUUAAAGUGAUGGGAGAGCAGUAUUACAAAGAUGCCAUGGAGCAGUGCCACAGCUACAAUGCCCGGCUGUGUGCAGAGAGAAGCAUCCUCAUGCCUUUUCUCGACUCCCAGACUGGAGUGGCUCAGAGCAACUGCUACAUCUGGAUGGAGAAAAGGCACAGGAGUGCAGGUGUAGCACCAGGGCAGCUGUACACAUACCCUGCCCGCCGCUGGAGAAAGAAGAGAAGGGCACAUCCACCCGAGGACCCCGCUUUGGUUUUCCCCCCACUCAAAGCAGCCGACCUUGAAUUGGGAUUGAAAAAAGAUGGGUUGGGGCCUUUGGAUGGAAGCAGCCUGGAGGCUUUGCUAAAAGGAGAGCCUGUGGAUAAGAGAGCUGCUCCAGAGCUCAGGGGCCCAGAGGAAGACCAGAGUCUGGCAGACGUCACGAGCACUGCCGGGGCCAGUAGCCACAGUGGAUCCACACGUGUGAGAAAGAGGAUCCUAGAACCAGAAGACUAUCUAGAUGACCUGGACGAUGAAGAUUUUGAGGAGGAGGCUCCAAAAAGACGGAAAGGAAAAUCUAAGGGUCGUGGAGUUGGAAAUGGGAAGAAAAAAACAGAAGCUGCUGCAGCAGCUUUGGAAGAUCGUGAUAAACCAUAUGCCUGUGAUAUCUGCGGAAAACGCUAUAAGAAUAGACCAGGUCUGAGUUACCACUACACUCACUCUCACCUGGCUGAAGAAGAGGGAGAGGAAAAAGAGGAAGCUGAGAUCCACACUCCUGCACCACAGGAGGAAACCAAGACUCCUAAGAAAGGUCCUAAUGGCUUGGCACCGCCAAAUGAUUACUGUGAUUUCUGCCUGGGUGACUCCAACAUGAACCAGAAGACGGGCCAGUCUGAGGAACUGGUGUCCUGCUCUGACUGUGGACGCUCAGGCCAUCCUUCUUGCCUGCAGUUCACAGCAGUGAUGAUGGCAGCGGUAAAAACAUAUCGCUGGCAGUGCAUUGAAUGCAAGUGCUGCAAUGUUUGUGGCACGUCUGAGAACGAUGACCAGCUCCUGUUCUGUGAUGACUGCGAUAGAGGAUACCAUAUGUACUGCCUCACUCCUCCUAUGUCCGACCCUCCAGAAGGAAGUUGGAGCUGUCGUUUGUGUCUGGAUCUUCUGAAGGACAAGGCUUCCAUCUACCAAAGCCAGAAUCCUACAGUAGAGUAAUCACAUCAACAGGACUGCUCAUGAGACAACACACGAUCUCACACACAUACACACUCCCUUUGAUCCAGCUCAUACACACCAAAUAAAAAUCCUUUUUACACUACACAGUUUAGACUUUGAUGUCUUCACAGCAUCGUUAUUAGCCUGGUGUGGCAAGUCGAGGGGCAGAGAAGGUAGAGCAGGAAGGAGACUUUUAUUUGGCAGCACAUGUGCAGUGACCUUCACUUCACUUCACGGCUGCAGCAUUAGCGUCUGACACAUUACUACAUAUAUUAAGUGUUUUAAAUGAUUUGAGCACUAAGGAAAGUAAACAAAGUGAUUUAUUUCCAUAAAUAUCCUCGUUAAUGGAUAUAAAGAGCUGGUUUAUGUUAUAUCUGUUGCCAGAUUGUUGUUUUUUCCCCCCUCCCUUGCUUGUUUACAGUGCAUGUCAGAAGAAAUCACAUGGCCUUAUUCUGACAAAAUUAUGGUGUAUUUUAAUAUCUAUAUGUAUCGGAAGUUCAUUUUUAUUGUUGUUGAGUUUUUACUUGCAGAAAUUAAUGGUGCCAAGGUCCACAUUCUCAAAAGCAUUUUUCCUUCAUUUCUUUAAGUAUUUGACAAACUGUGGAGUUUUGUGUCUGUUAGUAUUUGGUAAUGAAUGUGAUGCUGUCUUACGUCCCUUUUAUAUUACCCUUUCUUCAAUAAACAUACAUGUACCACAA